CAACGUGUGUCUGUCCCGUAUCGGUAGCUGCCAUUCGGCCGUUAGGAGGAAGGAGAGAACUCGGGUCUUCACGGACAUCACACGGCGGUCGGCUCGGGGAGAGAGAGAGAGAGAGAGAGAGAGGGGGAAGACUCGGGAGACCCUGUGGUGCUGGGCAGAGCGUUAUGGCUCAGACGCUGCAGAUGGCGAUCCCAAACUUUGGCAACAACAUCCUGGAGUGUCUGAACGAACAGCGGCUGCAGGGCCUCUACUGCGAUGUCUCCGUGGUCGUCAAGGGACACGCCUUCAAGGCCCACCGCGCGGUGCUGGCGGCCAGCAGCUCGUACUUCCGGGACCUGUUCAACGCCGGCGGCAAGAGCUCGGUGGUGGAGCUGCCGCCGGCCGUGCAGCCGCAGAGCUUCCAGCAGAUCCUGGCCUUCUGCUACACGGGCCGCCUCAGCAUGAACGUCGGGGACCAGUUCCUGCUCAUGUACACCGCCGGCUUCCUCCAGAUCCAGCAGAUCAUGGAGAAGGGCACCGAGUUCUUCCUCAAGGUCUCGUCUCCGAGCUGCGACUCCCAGGGCCUCCACGCCGAGGAGACCGAGCCCCAGAGCCCCGUCGCGCAGACGAUGAUGGGGGGCGGAGUCGGCGCGGUCGCCCCGGCCGCGGGGAGGCCCGCCUCCUGCCUGACGCCCCUCCCCCUGGUGUCCAAGGUGAAGACGGAACAGACGGCCUCCACGCCUCAGCCCGCCCCGCUGCAGCAGGAGGGCUCUCCCUACUCGGUGGUCUGCACCCCCGUGGCCAAGAGGCUGUGGGAGGGGGGCAACAGCGGGGGCGGGUCUGGAGGGGGCGGCGGCCUGAGGAAGGCCGCGCGCUACUCCUCCUCCUCCUCCUCGUGCUCCUCCUCCAACAACACCAACGCCGCGGCUAACGCCGGCAUGGCGGGCGGCGCUUCGAUGGGCGUCGCCGGGCUCAACAGCAACCACAACAACAACAACAACAACAACCACGUCAUCACCACCAACGGCGGGACCCCCGAAGGUACGAGCCCGGGCACGCUGAGCAUGUACACCAGCGACUCGCCGAUCAGUUACCACGACGACGAGGAGGAGGACGACGUCACGGACGAGAGCGCCGAAGAGCAGUACCGGCAGAUCUGCAACAUGUACACCAUGUACAGCAUGCUGAACGCCGGGGCGGCCGUGGUCGGCGAGCGUGUGGAGGCCCUUCCGGAUUUGGCCCCGGACUCGGGCGGCGGCGGCGGGGGGGGCCGGGGGGCGCGGUCCCGGCAGGACUUGGCGUCGCUGCCCGCCGAGCUCAUCAGCCAGAUCGGCAACCGCUGCCACCCGAAGAUGUACGAGGAGGGCGACCCGGCCGAGAAGCUGGAGCUGGUGAGCGGCACCUCCGUGUUCAUCUCCCGGGCGCAGCUCAUGAACUGCCACGUCAGCGCCGGCACGCGCCACAAGGUGCUGCUGCGCCGCCUGCUGGCCGCCUUCUUCGACAGGAGCACUCUGGCUAACAGCUGCGGAACCGGCAUCCGCUCGUCAACCAACGACCCCAGUCGGAAACCGCUGGACAACCGGGUGCUGCACGCCGUCAAAUUCUACUGCCAGAACUUUGCGCCGAGCUUCAAGGAGAGCGAGAUGAACGCCAUCGCGGCCGACAUGUGCACCAACGCCCGCCGCGUGGUCCGCAAGAGCUGGAUCCCCAAGCUCAAGCUGCUGAUGGCCGACAGCGACGCCUACUCCGCCUUCCUGGCCGACAGCGUGAAGAUGGAGGCCGACGCGCUGGGGGCGGAGCAAGGCUUUGACCCCGCCUCCAUGGAGGCGGCGGCGGCCGGCGGCAUCAACCACAACGGAGCAGUGGGCGGAGCCACGCAAGCGGACGCCCUCCAGGGGGCGGGAGGAGACGGCAGCACUUUGUUUUGAGUGAGUGAACGGACGGAUUGAUGGAGGGAGGGAUGCUGUU